AUGCUCUACGACCUCAAUAUUGCCUGGUCACCAACGACCCCAUCCUCAGAGCUCGAGUGUACCCUCAAGUUCGCCAAAACCCUAGGUUACGAUGUCGUCGCCUUGAACCAGACCAUCACGGGCAAUAUCCCAACACAACCGCAUCCGAUCAGCAACCCAAUCCCGCAAAUCACAUCACCACACCCAUCGUUUCCCGGCGGUGGCAGCAGUUUGGCAACAAACAGCACAACAACCGCACGAACACCAACAGCAACGACAACGAACCUUUCAACUACCGCCUCCUCCGCCGUCCCGCCCACCACCUCCUCCUCCCUCCCCACCGUCCUCCGCCGCGUAACCCUAACCGUCACCGACCCCUCCACAACCAACUACCGCCUCGCCGACUUUGCCCGCUCCUACGACCUCCUCGCCCUCCGCCCGACAAACGACAAGGCAUUCAGCUGGGCGUGCCUCAGCACCACGGAGCCGCCGGCCAUCAUCAGCCUCGACCUGACGCAGUUCCUCGGCUUCCACAUCCACCACCGCACCGCCAUGGCGGCCGUGCACCGCGGCACGCGCUUCGAGAUCUGCUACAGCCAGGCGUUUGCGUCGGGUAGCAGUGUAGACGCCCAGCGGGCGAGGAGUAAUUUCAUUGGUAAUGUGCUGGGUUUGUUGCGGGCGACCAAAGGCCGUGGGAUAAUCGUCUCGAGCGAGGCCAGGAGCGCGUUAGGGCUUCGCGGCCCUGCGGACGUGGUUAAUCUUUUGGCGGUGUGGGGAUUGGGACCGGAAAAGGGGACGGAGGCGCUGGGGACGGGACCGAGAGCCGUAGUGGUCAACGAGGGCGUCAAGAGGAGGGGGUUCAGAGGCGUGGUGGAUAUUGUGCAGACUGCUCCUGGCGGGAAGGUGAGGAACGAAGAGGAGGAGGGUAAGGAAGGGGAGACCAAGUUGAGCAAGAAGCAGAAGAAACUGCAGCAGAAACAACAGCAGGGGCAGAAGGGACAACAACAGCAAGGUCAAGGGCAAGGCCAAGGCCAAAAGCGCAAGAAUGGAGAGGGUGGUGGUGGAGGCGCAGAUGGUGGUGGGCAGCAGAAGAAACAGGCCAAGUGA